AUGAAAGCCAGAUUAUUAUUAUUAAUUUUUAACAUCUUUUUGAUAUUCUUUAUUUCUUUUAGUCAAACAUCACCAAUUUUCCAAAGAUCAACAGACGUAUGUACAAAAUGUAAAUCUUAUGUUCCUACCAGUCCUCUGAAUUCCGAAACUGCUGAACUCCGAGAAUGUCUUUCCUAUAUUAAUGGAACAAUCGUUUAUCGUAACAAUGAUACUUAUUAUGAAAGUAUUAAAGAAUGUAAUUGCAGAAUUAUGGUUUAUCCUCUAGCGAUAAUUUACGUUAAUAAUACUAAAGAUAUUCAAGAAGUAGUAAAUUGUGGUAAUUUACUUAAUAUUACAGUAGUAGUACGUUCUGGAGGGCAUUCAUUUGAAAAUUACAGUUUAGGUGGAAAAGAUGGAGUUUUAAUUAUUGAUUUAAAAAAUUAUAAUAAAAUAACUAUUGAUCCCAUCGCUCAGACAGCGGUUGUUGGAGCUGGUAAUAGAAUUGGACCUGUUUAUUACACAUUAAAUGAAGCCGGAUUUUUAUUUACAGCAGGAAGUUGUCCAAGUGUUGGUGUGGGUGGUCAAACAACUGGUGGUGGAUAUGGUUUUAUUGGACCAAAAUAUGGAAUGGCUUCAGAUAAUAUAUUAGCAGCUGAAGUAGUAUUAGCAAAUGGUACAAUAUUACCUGUAGUCGAUAAUUCUACACAUUCCGAUCUUUAUUUUGCAAUUCGUGGUGCAGGAAAUGGAGGAUUUGGAGUCAUAACUUUAAUUACCUUUCAAUUAUAUUAUAUUCCUCCAGUAAUGACAUGGUUUAAUCUUUCAUAUGAUAUCGCUGGACGCCAAAAUGUUUUCGAUGCUUUUAAUGAAUGUGGUCCAAAAUUGGCCGAAAACUAUUCUUUAUAUAUGACCUUUUUACCUAAUACAUUUGAUAAAAAUAAUUCAUGUCAAACAAAAGAAGACUAUACGUUAUGGAGUUUUGGAACAUUUUUAGGUGAAGAAAUUGAAGCUCGUAAAGGAUUAAAAAAUUUUAUAAAUCAUUCCGCUCCAAUAAUAGAACCUUAUUUUAAUCAAACAACUUGGUGGGAAACUCUUGUACAAUUUGCUGCUAAGGAAGGAUCUUCUGAUGCAUUAACUAAUCCAAGUUUUGAUCCUGAACCAUUCAAGGCUAAAUCAUUUUUCGUUGAUCCUCCUGGUUUAUCGUACGAAGGUUUAGAAGUACUUUAUAAUUUUAUUAAUUCUGUAAAAUGUAAAAUUGUUGUUAUGUUUGAAUUAUAUGGUGGGGGGAAGGUAAAUAAUAUCAAACCAGAUUUAACCGCUUUCAUGCAUCGACAUUCAUUAGCUUUGUUACAACUAGAAAUGAAAUUAGCUGGUUAUGAUCAGGAAGUAGUUGAUGAAUGUUUAGCAGAGUUUAAAGUAUUUGGCGAAGAAUUUCAGGAUAAAUAUACAUCUUAUUAUAGUUAUCAGAAUUAUAUAGAUAGAGAAUUAAAAGAUUGGCAACAUCGUUAUUAUGGAAAUCAUUUUGAAAAAUUAGUAAAAAUUAAAGCGAAAUAUGAUCCCAAUAAUUUAUUUAAUUGGGACCAAAGUAUUCCUACCAGUUAUUAA